GAUGUCAGCGAGUCAGGAGAGCCGCCCCCGCGACAGCGGCCCCGAGGGGAUGGAGCCGGACGGAGUCAUCGAGAGCAACUGGCACGAGGUGGUGGACAGCUUCGACGAGAUGAGUCUGGGGGAGGCGCUGCUGCGCGGGAUCUACGCCUACGGCUUCGAGAAGCCCUCCGCCAUCCAGCAGCGCGCGAUCCUGCCCUGCAUCAAGGGCUACGACGUCAUCGCGCAGGCGCAGUCGGGGACGGGGAAGACGGCCACCUUUGCCAUCUCCAUCCUGCAGCAGAUCGAGCUGGACCUCAAGGCCACCCAGGCCCUGGUGCUGGCGCCCAAGGAGCUCGCCCAGCAGAUCCAGAAGGUGGUGAUGGCGCUGGGGGAUUACAUGGGGGCCUCGUGCCACGCCUGCAUCGGCGGCACCAACGUCCGCGCCGAGGUCCAGAAGCUGCAGCUGGAGGCGCCGCACAUCAUCGUGGGGACGCCGGGCCGCGUCUUCGACAUGCUCAACCGCCGCUACCUCUCCCCCAAGUUCAUCAAGAUGUUCGUGCUGGACGAGGCUGACGAGAUGCUGAGUCGCGGCUUCAAGGACCAAAUCUACGACAUCUUCCAGAAGCUGAGCGGGAACACGCAGGUGGUGCUGCUCUCGGCCACGAUGCCGCUGGACGUGCUGGAGGUGACCAAGAAGUUCAUGCGGGAGCCGAUCCGCAUCCUGGUGAAGAAGGAGGAGCUGACGCUGGAGGGGAUCCGCCAGUUCUACAUCAACGUCGAGCGGGAGGAGUGGAAGCUGGACACGCUGUGCGACCUGUACGAGACGCUGACCAUCACGCAGGCCGUCAUCUUCAUCAACACCCGCCGCAAGGUGGACUGGCUGACGGAGAAGAUGCACGCCCGCGACUUCACCGUCUCCGCCAUGCACGGAGACAUGGACCAGAAGGAGCGUGAUGUCAUCAUGAGGGAAUUCCGCUCCGGCUCCAGCCGCGUCCUCAUCACCACCGACCUGCUGGGUAACCUGGACCAGGAGCGCUGA